CACACUUUCCUUCUAUAUUUAUUCUCCAUUCCCCGUUUCACUUGAAACCGAAAGAAAGGGUGAGUCAGGUUCACGAACACAGGAAAAAAGAAGAUGUCUUAUAGCUGUUCUCAUAGUGGAAACAACGGCCACUACUCCGAAGAAAGAGGAAAGGUCGCCGGCGUCGGAAACAGCAUCAUGUUAUUCGGCGUCCGACUGACGGAAGGAUCGUUCAGAAAAAGUGUUAGCAUGAACAAUCUUUCUCAGUUCGACAACGAGGAGCAGCAGAAUCCGGAUUAUUCCAACGCCUCCGGCUAUGCUUCCGAAGACGUAGUUCACGCAUCCGGAAGAAGUGGUCAACGCAAGAGAGGUGUUCCAUGGACGGAGGAGGAACAUAGAUUGUUCUUAGUGGGGUUGAAGAAAGUAGGUAAAGGAGAUUGGAGAGGCAUUUCCAGACACUUCGUGAAGACACGUACGCCGACACAGGUCGCAAGUCAUGCUCAGAAGUAUUUUCUCCGCCAAAAUAACAAGAAUCACAGACGCCGUCGGUCCAGUCUCUUUGAUAUAACAACUCAUUCGUUCAUGAACACGACCAUACUGGAAGAAGCAGAUGAAGUCAUCCGCCAAGAAAACGUUUCGUCGCCACCGCUGCCACUGUGUCAACCGCUGAAACUCUCUACACCGUCUUCGACGGCAGAAGCAGAAGCUCGGUCUUCUACUUUUCAGGCCAUGUCUAGCGGUGACGGCAACGGCGGCAUAAUCAGCGUUGCUUGAAAGGAAAAAAUAAAAGAAUGUAUUGUAGCACUAUUGUACAAUUUAAUUGUAGAUUAAGUAAAUAUGAUUGCUUUAUUAAUUGUAGAUUAAGAGGAUGAUUAUGGGAUGGAAGCACGUGUUUUAAUUUAGAGGAGAUAUGGUGGUGGGUGUGUAAUCUAAAGCAAGUGGUGUGUCGUUGUCUUUGAAUUUGUGGGUGGUGCUAUUCGAAAUGGAUGGUCACCAGCCACUGCGUACACUUUUAACUUUUCCCUCUUUAAUA